CCGGGUUUCCGGUGGCUCGGAUCAGGAGCUGGUUGUUCCUCCAGUCUGGGUUGGUAAGGAGAGGAGACAGCCAGGGACCGAGCCGAAAUGUCAGACAGCGGGAGUCAGGAAGCCCCGAAGACACGGAUACCCAGGCCGACGGUUGGCAACAAAGUGGCCGUGGUACUCGGCGCUCAGUGGGGCGAUGAAGGGAAGGGGAAAGUUGUGGAUCUGCUGGCACAGGACGCGGACAUGGUGUGCAGAUGCCAGGGUGGCAACAACGCAGGACACACAGUGGUGGUUGACUCGGUGGAGUACGACUUUCACCUCCUACCCAGCGGCAUCAUCAACCCCAAGGUCACCGCUUUUAUAGGCAAUGGAGUAGUGAUCCAUCUUCCAGGCCUCUUUGAAGAAGCAGAAAAAAACGAACGCAAAGGAAAAAGUCUAAAAGACUGGGAAAAACGGUUGAUCAUCUCGGACAGAGCACACAUUGUGUUUGACUUCCACCAAGCGGUUGAUGGCGUUCAGGAACAGCAGAGACAAGAGCAAGCAGGCCAGAAUCUGGGGACGACAAAGAAGGGGAUCGGUCCGGUGUACUCGGCUAAGGCGGCACGCUCCGGGCUCAGGAUAUGUGACUUGCUGGCAGACUUCACUCAGUUCUCUGAAAGGUAUAAAGUAUUGGCCCAGCAAUACCAGUCUAUGUACCCCACUCUAAAGAUUGACAUAGAGGGAGAGCUGCUCAAAUUAAAGGACUACGUUGAGCAGAUCAAGCCCAUGGUGAGAGAUGGUGUACACUACAUGUACGAGGCUCUCCAUGGUCCUCCUAAGAAAAUCCUGGUGGAAGGAGCCAAUGCAGCCCUGCUGGACAUAGACUUUGGAACGUAUCCCUUUGUGACGUCGUCCAACUGUACGGUGGGCGGGGUGUGCACGGGCCUCGGCAUGCCGCCUCAGAACGUUGGCGAGGUUUACGGGGUCGUCAAGGCGUACACCACAAGAGUGGGCAUCGGUGCUUUUCCCUCAGAGCAGAAGAAUGAGAUCGGAGAGCUACUGCAGACUCGAGGGAAAGAGGUUGGCGUGACCACGGGCAGAAAAAGACGGUGUGGUUGGCUGGAUCUGGUGCUCAUCAAAUAUGCACAUAUGAUUAAUGGCUUCACUGCUUUAGCUCUCACCAAACUCGACAUACUUGACGUUUUCCAGGAGAUCAAAGUGGGCGUAGGGUACAAAGUCGACAACCAAACCAUACCUCACUUUCCAGCGAAUCAGGAGGUGCUGCAGCGUGUGGAGGUUCAGUACGAGACGCUGCCCGGCUGGAACAGCAACACCUCGGCCGCUAGAAGCUUCGGGGAGCUGCCCGAGAACGCACAGAAAUAUGUUCGCUUUGUUGAGGAGCAUGUGGGAGUGCCUGUCAAAUGGAUUGGAGUGGGGAAGUCCCGGGAGUCCAUGAUCCAGCUGUUCUAGAUGAAGGCAGGAGAAACACACAGCCUGACUAACUGUUUUAAACCACCAACAGCGACCACUGUCUGCUCUGUUUUUUUUAAUCCCUGUAUCAUCAGACAGUCCCAGACUGGACUUCUUCGGACUCUCAAAGCCUCUCUUUGGAUUUUUAAAGUUUUAAAUGUAUUAAAACGGCAUCACAAGGCU